UUAUUAAGCUGAUUGAUUUAUUUUCUGAUAGUGAUGAAGACCUUAAUAAAAUGAAUGCCGAUUCAUUGAAAGUAAAGAAACUCAUUCUAAUACUAAGGAAUCUCAUUCGAAAACGAAAAAAGGAAGGUCUUCCAAUUUUAGAAAGAAUUAAUCUUGAAGGAGUUACACUUAUAACUCUAAAGCUUUUAUGUGGUGUGAUUUCUAAAAGAAUUAACAGUGUACCCAGGAGCACGCUGAAUCCUGAUGAAUUUCGACAGGAAUAUGAAAAAGUUAUUCAACCAAUACAGACAAUUCUUCUUGAAAAUGAAAUAGUUGAAACAUUGAUUGAUUUACUUAAUUAUUCAAAAGAUGACACAACAUUUCAAGUUUUGGCUUGUCUUAAUGUUUUACUCUAUCCUGGAAAUGAAGAAGCUCAAAAGAAAAUAACUUCACAUGUCAAUCAGCAAGACAAAAAUCUUUUUGUACGUGUCUAUCAAAUAUUAAGAAAAACUCAAUCUACUCUCAAUGAAGCAAAAAUGGGCCAAGCCAUGGCUCAAAUAGCAGCAUUGAUUCCAGCAGAGGAUGAUCAUGACUCAUCAUUGCCCAUUAAUUUAGUGAAAAAGAGAAAAUCUUCUGUGUUUAGAAGGCCAACAGCAGCUAUAGAAAGGAACGAUGAAUGCUACAGAGAACCAAGUGGAAUAACUUCUGCCAUUGCACAAAAUGUAAAAGCUGAAUUUAUUGAUCAUCGUAUUACAAUGGCCUUGAAUUUCCUUUCAUGGCUAUGUGAUGGGCAACAAAAAGAUAUGCAAGACAUCCUUCGAGAUCAUAAAACUUUUAGUGUACGUCUAACAAUAUUGAAUCAACACCUUAAGUUUCAUGAAAAUUGAAAUAUUGUAAUGCUACAAUUUGA